GUAGCGGCUCCGCGCGGCGGGGACCUGCCUGAGCGACUGUCGCCUCGGUGCCAGCGGCCUCCGAGCCCGGCGGCGCCGCGAGCAUCGCAGAGGAGGGCGGUGGGAACUCGCCUCGCCGUCCAGCAGCCUGAGCUCGACGCUGGCCCGGAGCGCGGGGAACUCCAGAUAUCCUUAGGAGGCCAGCGCCUCUGUCCGGGAAGGGGUUCAGGGGACCGUUUUGCAGCUCUCACGUGUUUGCAAAAUGCUGUAAACACUUGGCAGGGCUGUUUUGCGAGACUGAGACAGCGAGGCAACAUCUUCCUGGUGACAGAACUUUCCUCGUUGCAUUCAAUGCCGAACGUUGCAGAAGCAGAAAGGGCAGAUGCUUCUGGAAAUGGUGAGUGCAGGUUGGAGCGAAGGUCUCCGGACGAGAAUCUGCAAGCUGCCACGUCGUCCUUCUGCACUCGGGCCCCAGGAGAACCCUUGGGUCCCAAAGGAGAUGGUCAUUACCCGUGGAGCUGUCCAGUGACCCACACGCGGGAGAAAAUUUACGCCAUCUGUUCGGACUAUGCCUUUCUCAACCAGGCGACCUCAAUCUAUAAAACUCCAAAUUCAACCCGCCCUUCCUGCCUGCCUGAUAAUACCUCUUUAUCUGCUGGAAAUCAUUCCUCAAGAUUCAUUGGCACUCCGACCGGUACAUCGGAAAUCAUCUACAAGGAAGAAAACAGCUUGGAGAACUUAUCCAACAGCCUGGGCAAGCUACCUCUCGCAUGGGAAAUUGAUAAAUCUGAAUUUGAUGGAGUGACCACCAAUUUGAAACACAAAUCAGGCAAUGUAAAGAAACAAAUUUCCAAGAAAAAAACUUCAGAUAAGAAAGGAAGACAUCAAAGGGAGUGGCCUCAGUAUUCUCCCCUGGAAGAUAUUAAGCAGCGGAAAGUAUUAGACGUCAGACGAUGGUACUGCAUAAGCCGGCCACAAUACAAGACUUCUUGUGGUAUCUCCUCAUUAAUUUCUUGUUGGAAUUUCUUAUAUAGCACAAUGGGGGCCGGAAGUCUUCCAGCUAUCACCCAAGAAGAAGCUUUACAUAUUUUGGGCUUUCAACCCCCAUUUGAAGAUAUUAGGUUCGGCCCUUUUACUGGAAAUACAACACUUAUGAGGUGGUUUAGACAAAUUAACGACCAUUUCCAUGUAAAAGGAUGCUCUUAUGUUCUAUAUAAACCUCAUGGGAAGAAUAAAACAGCUGGAGAAACAGCUUCCGGAGCCUUGUCGAAGUUAACUCAUGGAUUGAAAGAUGAAUCACUAGCUUAUAUCUACCACUGCCAAAAUCAUUAUUUUUGUCCAAUUGGCUUUGAAGCAACCCCUGUUAAAGCUAAUAAAGCAUUCAGCAGGGGACCCCUCUCACCGCAAGAAGUAGAAUAUUGGAUCUUAAUUGGAGAAUCAAGUAGAAAACAUCCUGCUAUUCACUGUAAAAAAUGGGCAGAUAUCGUUACUGACCUAAACACUCAGAAUCCUGAAUAUCUAGAUAUCCGGCACUUAGAGAGGGGGCUACAGUAUCGAAAAACAAAGAAGGUUGGGGGAAAUUUGCAUUGCAUCAUAGCAUUCCAGAGACUUCACUGGCAGAGAUUUGGCCUUUGGAACUUUCCAUUUGGAACCAUUAGGCAAGAAUCACAACCUCCACCACACGCCCAGGGAAUUGCCAAAUCCGAGAGUGAGGACAAUAUCUCUAAGAAGCAGCAUGGACGUCUGGGCCGCUCUUUCAGUGCUAGUUUCCAUCAGGACUCGACAUGGAAAAAGAUGUCCAGUAUCCAUGAGAGAAGGAACAGUGGCUACCAGGGUUACAGUGAUUAUGAUGGGAAUGACUGACCAGGCUGGUACUGAAGACUGGUGUAUACACACGGCUGGUCUACACGGGACUGCAUUAAAGCACUGUGAGGGUUUAAGUCUGUAUUACACAGGAACAGAUCUUGUGGUACCAAACACAGUCUUGCAGUUCCUCCAGUCAAUAAGCUUGUAUAUGAUUUUGAUGGAUGAUUUCAGAAAUAUGAGCAGAUAAGCACAGAUUUUUUUUUGUCCUUUUAAAAUUAAGAGUAUAUACAAUUCUGGACAGUUUCACAAUGUCCUAUAAAAUUACAUAGAAACAAAUCAAACACAAUUUUGUUCAAUAGCAUCAUUAUUUGAAAUACUUAAGCAUGAAGUGAUUUCUUAUGACUUGAUGCCCAGAUAUUUGUUGCAGAUAGUUUUAUUCCUAAGCUCAAAAUGUAAGCUACUAUUAUCUGCCCUUAAAAAAAAACCCAAAAAACAAUUGGGGCUCUUGAGUUUAGUUUUCUCUUAUGGGUAGAGCUCAUUUAAAAUGAUGUAGUGAAUCUAGGCAUUUUUCUGCUUGUUAGCAGUACCUUGCUUGCCUCAUUUGUUUCCUGAUUAACUUUCUCAGGACUCUCAAUAAAGAGGCAAAAGAGAAAAGACUCAAGACACAGAUCUUUUCUGUUGGUGCAAAUGGGCGACUUAAUGCAUUGAUUCAGGUAUUCUUGACUUUCUUGCUAUGUUACUGUCAAAUAUUGACCAGAACUUUAGGUCUUGAAAGACUUCUCUAAGUCUACAAUAACCUUUGUUUAGGAGUAGAGUGAAAGGACACUGGCAUCUAAGUUUAUAUACCCAAGGUAACCUGUGAGAUGAAGUUUGAUACCUGACUGGUCCCUCAGUGUGGAGUCAUGUGUUGCUAACAGCAUUAAGGAUGUGUUAGGAAUUCUCCAUCACUCAGAGGGCAACUAUUCACAUCCCAGACUCUGGGCUGUUUCCUUCUUAAAACCAUGUAGGCAACUAGCUGUUUGAAGUUAAGUGUUAAGUAGUUCCGAAAGCGUGGAUUUCAUGUAUCUGAGCUCCUCUCUCGUUGCUGUCAGUUUUCCUUCAGCUGUGAUCCACGAACUACUAGGAGGUCUUCUUCUUUCAUUUCAGGGGCUGUCCCAAGACUCAAAUCAGUAACUUGAUUAUUACAAGGUGCUGAAUAUGUUGGUAACCACAUUGCAAUACACCUCGAGGAGAGGGUUCAGAUUUUUAUUUUUAAAAUAACUUCAUUUUCUUCUCUUUUGAAUUUUAUAUCCAUUUAUCCACCCAGACACACCUAGCCUACAGAAGGAUAUAUAUUAUGAAAUGGGCAUUUUUCCGAAGAGAAUAUUUUGCUUGAAAUGCAAAGGACUGAAAGAGAUUUUUAGGUUGCUGAUUUUGUUACUUCAUACUGGAACUUUUACAAAGUUUUCAUCAAUAAAGUUUUGUUUUCUACUUUUAA